CGGCAGCAGCAGUCGCUCCCGCGAGCCCAAUGUUGACUCUCCUCGCUCGCCGAGUCCAACGGGAUGGUUCCGCUGGGAGUUCAGAGCGCCGCCUUGUUGAUGUCCCCCAGACUUGAGUGAUGCUUUCUCGAAAGAAAAGCAAGAACGAGGCGUCCAAAGCAGCCGAGGUCCACGGGAAGUACGUGAAGAAGGAGACCUCGCCGCUCCUGAGAAAUCUCAUGCCCUCCUUCAUCCGACAUGGACCCACCAUCCCACGACGCACGGAGGUCUCCCUGCCGGAGGUGGGACCCUCGCCCUAUCCCGCGGCGCCCAGUCGCGAGCCAGCCAUGGCUCGGAACAAGAGCUUCCUCCGCUCAGCGGUGCAGCGAGCUCCUCAUGAGGCGGCUCGCCGCGAGAGCCACCGGCUGUCUGCGCCCCCGUACCUGCCCCGCAGCCUGGGGGACCUGCCCCACGAGUACGGAGGCUCCUCUCAGUCCUUCCUCAGCGACGUGAGCCCCAUGUCGGAAAACGGGGACGCGGCCCGCUACUAUUACUCCUCUGAGCCGUACUACGAGAGCCAGCAGCCGCAGCGCCCGGCCCGGAGGCUCCCGGAGGACUACCGAUACUACGACCACGGCGAACACUUCCAGCGACUGCAGCGGCAGCACACCCCUCCUGCCCCCAGCCGGCCUCCGUCAGGCAUCGGCCGCAUCCAGGCCAAGUCGCUGGGGAACCUCUCCUGUCUGACGGGGGACGAGCUGCCCCUGCCCACGGGCUGGACCGUGGACUGGACCAUCCGCGGCAGGAAGUACUACAUCGACCACAACACCAACACCACGCACUGGAGCCACCCUCUGGAGAGGGAGGGGCUUCCUCCUGGCUGGGAAAAGGUGGAGUCGGCCGAAUUUGGGGUCUACUAUGUGGAUCACAUCAACAAGAGGGCGCAGUAUCGGCAUCCUUGUGCCCCCAGCGUGCCGCGCUACGACCAGCCUCCGCCGCUGCCGCCGCCCGUCACCUAUCAGCCCCGGCAGCCGGAGAGGAACCAGCCGGUGCUGGUGCCGGCCAACCCCUACCACACGGCGGAGAUCCCCGACUGGCUGCAGGUGUACGCCCGCGCCCCCCUCAAGUACGACCACAUCCUGAAGUGGGAGCUGUUCCAGCUGGCCGACCUGGACACCUACCAGGGCAUGCUGAAGCUGCUCUUCAUGAAGGAGCUGGAGCACAUCGUCAAGUCCUACGAGGCCUAUCGGCAGGCGCUGCUGUCCCAGGUGGAGCUCCGCAAGCAGCGGCAGCAGUGGUUCGCCCAGCAGCCCAGCAAGAACUUCCUCAACAUGUAGCGGCCGCCGGGCUCCUCCCCCUCCUGCCCACAGCUGUUGGUUACACCACCGCCAAAAACGACAGCAAUAUUUAUGUGUUUAUAAGAAACGUGUCUUUAUUUAAAGGUGCUUUGGAGGACGCAUCUUCUCUUGCCUCCUGGCCUCACGCCAGGGUCAUGUUUUUAACAUUAAUAAGCUACUGGAACCUUUUUUCAACACUUUGCCAAACGUGCAAUUCAUUUCCUGUUUGUUUCUUUCUGGAAGUGUUUUUAAGGACUGACGCUGCGAUGCGAGUCCCGAACGGUCGUCCUCUGCUCUCCACCAGGCUCCGUCGCUGUGACCUUUCCAAGGUCGCAAGCGCGACCUUCAGGACCGCGGCUCUGGCAAGAAGCUUGGUGUUGUACAUAUCUGCUGUUGAGAGUCACGAGUACGAGACAAUAAAGUCUGCAGUGAAGAACCGCGCUCGCCCUCUCAUUAGCGUCUCGCAGGAGGAGGCGGAGCCAGGCCUCGCCGCGACGACGCAGCGUCCUGGCGCCGUGAGACUCCGAUGAGCCUCGUCUCCAGGAGAACACCAGAGUUGAGGAGCCAAACGUUUCAUCUCUUUAUUCAUCACCAACUGUUCCCCUCGUGAAGACGCAGAGGGACGAAAACAGGUUUCAGCAGAACCUCGGGUCUCGUUGUAAUUUGGUCCCAGGUGGAGUGGCCGUGACACUCAGACCUUCUGUUCAGCAGAGCUCCUGGAGACGAGAGGGAGCGAGAGGGCCUCGUCUGAGUGGAAGACUGGAGCGCGGCAGAGGCUUGGAGCCCUCAACCCUGGAGGUCAGACCUCAGGACACGCAGGACAGGGAGCCGGGCCGCUCCAGAGCUGCUGACGGCGCCGACAGGUGAGGCCUGUUUCACAGCUCAGGCCAGCAGGACUCGGCCCUGGGCUGAAGCGGCGCCGCUGCCUGCUCACGGGAAACGCCUGUACAAGUUAUGGCACAACACCACGCGUCACAACCAGCUGAGCUACAGGACAGCGAGGACCAUGCUGACGACCACGGAAGAGCCGGGAAGAAAGGAGUCACAAUGGGAAAUGUUUGGCUUCAAAGCAACAGGGGAGAAACACGGACAGGAGGUGAAAGGUCAUGGCAUCUGGGCGAGUCCCCUCUCCCCCACCCCUCAGGAGCCCAGGCGCCUCAGGUCCACUCAGUUCUUCUUCUUGCCGCUGUGGCCGGCGGCCUCCUCGGCCGGCGCCCCCCCGGGGAAGGCCUGCUGGUACAGGUGUCUGUGGUUGGCUGCCACGCUGUACAGCCUGUGGAUGGCCUGAGGAGGGCGACACGGAGGCGUCAGCUGGCUGCUGCAGCCCUCACCUGCAGCCGUCUCUUACCUCGUUGGUGCUUCCCUGGAGGAGACAAGUCACAGACGUCAGCAACAUAUCAGCGCGGCGGCGACGAGGCCUCACCUGAUCCCACAGCGCGCCGGCCACCUGGUCGAUGACGGCGCCCAGUUCUCUGUACUCCCCUGAGUAACGGAUGUAGGCCCAGGUGCAGAGCGUGAUCAGAGCCAGGCCCAGGACCAUGUUGCACAAGCUGGCGAUGACGUCCACGCCCACGAAGCCCGUGAUGCCCGCCGCCACGUACAUGACGAAGAUGACCACGAAGAGCGUGGCUGGCGUCCGCGCGGCGUGGAAAAUGUUCUUGGAGUCGUUGUGCUUGAUGUACUGGACGAACACCUCCUCGAUUUCCGCCUCCAGCUGCAGCAGGUAGCGGCGGCUGAACUCCUCGCCGCCCAUCUUCUUCACGCCGCGGAAGACCUGCAGAGACUCCUCCAUGA